AUGUUACGGUUAUUAGUUGUGUUCGCAACGGUUCUAACUUUAUCAGCUUCUGCCUCUAUCAAUGGACGAAUUGUUGGAGGACGAAUUGUUGGUGGAAAAAUAACCGAUAUUAGUAAAAUUCCUCAUCAAUAUGAUAAACAAGCGAAAAACGUGCAUAUUGUCGCUGGAACAAAUAAACGUGAAGGCCAAAAUGGAGUUGUUAUUCCAGUCAAGAAGAUAGUCUAUCCUGAGAAUUUUAUUGUACCGUCUUCUGGUAAUGAUGUUGCCAUAUUAUUUUUAGACAUUGGAUUGCCAUUGAAUAAAUACGAUAUUAAGGCAAUCAAAAUGACCGAGACGAGACCUUUAACUAAUGAGAUCGCAAUAGUAUCAGGUUGGGGAGAUAUUGCAGGAUCUGGACCUAGAUCGGAUUUUCUGCAUCAAGUUGAGUUUCCUAUAAUUUCCCAAGAAGUUUGUAUGUCUCAGUUUAGUGGAGGAAAAAUCAAAGACAGUAUGAUUUGUGCUGGAUUUCCUGAAGGCGGUAAAGAUGCAUGCUAUGGUGAUUCAGGUGGUCCGCUAUCGGUGAACGGGAUUUUUGUUGGAGUUGUUUCUUGGGGUAGCGGUUGUGGAGAACCAAGAUCGCCUGGUGUUUAUGCCAGUGUAGCAGAUUUUUAUUUCUGUCCUUAUUAUUACGAGUCAGAUUCUGCUUCUAUUGCUCCUAAAGGAAAUGGACGAAUUGUUGGGGGAAAAAUUAACGAUAUUAGCAAAAUUCCUCAUCAGAUAAACCUACGACGGAAAGAAUGCCCAACCUGUCCCUAUGAACAAAUAUGUGGAGGUAAUAUUAUAACCGAAAAAAUUAUCCUUACAGCAGCUCAUUGCGUAAAUGAAACAGAAGCACGGUAUUUGCAUGUUGUUGCUGGAACAAAUGAACGUGAAGGACAUGGAAUUGUGAUUUCCGUCAAGAAGUUUAUCUGCCAUGAAGAUUACGGAAAGAGAUCGGUUUCUGAUAACGAUAUUGCCAUCUUAUUCCUUGAGAUUGGAUAA